AUGCUCAGCAAGCGGGAUGAGCGCCGAAUUUGCAAAGAGGCUUCCAGUAAUACCAAGAGCGUUAACGACGUCAAGAAGGAACUGCAUCUUCACGCAUCCAAAACCACAAUUCUCCGAUGCCUUUGGUGGAGUGACAACCUCGUGCAUGCGAAAACGAGCGUUGCGCCUCGACUUCUUCCUCGUCACGAGGAUGCUAGACUAAAAUUUGCUCGUGAAAACAUGGCGCUUGAUUGGAAAAAGGUGAUCUUUUCGGACAAGAAGAAGUUUAACUUGGACGGUCCUGACAGCUUCAACGGUUACUGGAGAGACUUGCGCAAAGAGCCACUUCUUUUUUCAAGACGAAACUCUGAUGGCGGAAGCGUCAUGGCGUGGGCGGGGAUGUCCUUUGUUGGUUCUCUUGAACUUCGAUUCAUCUAA